AUGGCGUUGAAAGUCGGGGACAUUCUGAAGCGCUUAGGCCUAAGAGGCGCCAUCAUCCGAUACGGCGAGCAGUGGAAAACCCAAGAGAUCAAAGACCUCGAAGACGACAUCAGAGCUUUCUACCAAAAGUACGAGCCUUAUUUGAAGAGGGAAGAGGAGUAUCCUGUCGAGUUCAACACCGACAUUAACGACAUCCUGGAAAGACAUGGCCCUGGUCUAUGGCCCGAUGGUCCACGCAGCGAAGACACUACGCUUUGGCUGUUUCCAGCAGGAGACAUCCCCGAAUACCUUGAGGACAUCUAUUACAGUCGCCACAUCGACAACCAUGACGAGCCCCAUUCUCUCGUUCACACCAUCAAAUUCGAGCGGGAUGAGAACAGAGCCAAGCUGCAGGAAAUUCUCAAAGGCGAGGAGUUCAACCUAAGAAAGAGAAAGCUGAAGACCGACUCGCCCGUGGGCUCGGUCAAGCGUUCGAAGCAAUCAAAAGCUCCAUCCGAGCCUGUCCAACAGGGCUACAAUCAGCAUGUGUCUAGCUGGACCACGACCAACCCCGAAACAAUCAAUGUCGCCAGCCCUUCAAACCUUGACAAUGGUCACGACCUACUUGUCGCAGCAGCAUCUGGGCCUACUCAUGGUUUCGUGUCGGUCAACCAAGCCGAACAGCACGAGCAGCCGCAGCCCGUGCAAGAAGUCUUAGACAGCGACGAAGACGUAUCCGUGCCUGGAAGGACGGCCUUGAGCCUGCACUCAAGCGAUGACAAUUCAUCCAACAACGAGAACCAUCAUCUUCCCGAUACUCCUGCCGAAGGCGUUCUACACACACAAUAUUCACUGCCUCAGGACACACCCUUCGACGCACAGAUGAGUGGAAUGACCACGAAGCCCUUACAGCACCCACAAGCCGAUGCAGAACCUUCAAACAUGCCCACCGAAACCGCGUCGUCACAGCCUCAAGUCACCGACACAUUCAUUCCUUGGCCUAAACUUAGCAAGAGACGAGCCAAGAGAUCAAAGAACGGUCUACGUCCAAUGUUGGCUAACGAUGACACGGAGCUCCCAUCCCAAGAACUACCUUCCAGGCCUUCAGCUGACGCCUCGCACCCACCUAUCAUACCACAACAGGAUGAGUCCCUCAUAUCCGUUGAUGGUCACGCNCCCGAAAGCCGGAAGCUGAUGAGAAGAACACAUGUUCGCACUCCGGCACCAGAACCAUCGAAUCGCACGACAGAUAACACGACUGCCACACUCAAUCACCACACUACCCAACACAUCAACAAUCUCACACCUCUCUCAACUUACACGCGUACUUAUCAAACACCGUAUGCAGAUGCACACCCGCUAGUGCUCACCUCACAUUCAUCAUCAGCCGACGCUGUUCUUGGUGCCGCCAACAUCCAUCCUGCACCAAUCCAUUCCGCAUCCAUCGACUCUCCGCACAUAAUCUCUGGUCACACUCCAACCAUCAUGAACAAACACCUACCGCCACCGCCGACUGACAUGCCUAUCUCGGCAAACAUCAUCACAAGCCACUUUGCGAGCACGUUUGUCAAAUUCACUCUGACCGUCAAUGGCCGUAAGAAUAUCAAGAUGCUCAAGCUCGCCGAUUGCUUCGAUGCUAUUGCUUUGCAUCAAACAGUCAACAUCCGCUUCAAAGAAGCGCUCUCAGGCCUAGUCCCCUCAGAGAUCGUCUUCACGUUCGCCGAUACCGAAUACGAGAUCAACACUGAAGGCGGCGGUCAACCCCUUUGGGACGAGUUCAUGCAAACCGUUCUUGAUAAUGCUCCUCCAAGCACUUGCCCCGUCGUUGCCGCAAUCAAAGUUUGA